CGAAUAGGCAUAAUAUCACUGAAUCGUUGACCUAAUUAGUUUAAAUGAUAAUCUCUCCAAUUUCAAUCAUAAUUCAUGCCACUUUAUAUCUGCGAGAGGUUACAUCAAUGGUAACAUUCAUGAAAUUAGAAAAUUUGACACUUAAACAAUAAUAAGGAUAAUAACAGUAGCGGUCUCAUCACACAUUCAACAGGAAUCAAAUUACAAGCAUUCAUAGAAAACGCAGGAGCAGGACAAAUCUGAAGACUUUUCGUCUCCUCUUCUUCAGGAAAAUAGUGAUAAUAAAAUUGCUUGGCCUUAUUCCAAACCCGUAGUACUUAUGAUACAAUGUGGAAUUUCCAAUAUGGAACACACAAAAAAUUAUUCAACUGAACAAUGACACUCUUGUUUCAAUCCACUUUAAUUCUAUUCUUGGCGGUUUCAAUGACAAAUCAAGCUGAAAUUGGUCAUUCUCGAAGUGAACAACAUUACACCUUGAUGAAUUAUCUAGUACCUAAGCCAAUAGACAAUUAUGAAAAUAAUUUGUUUGAAGAAAUUGAAAACAAUCAAGGUGACAACGAUGAUGUUGAUGAAGACAACGCUCCAUUAAUCCGCCUACAGACUUCCUAUCCACCAACAAUUCAAACAGACUUAUCCCCGUAUCCAUUGACAACGAAUGUUGAUAAUCUGAAAGAUGAUGCAAAUGCUAUGAAUAAACAAAAUGACUAUGUAAUUUCACUGCUGAACAAUGAAAACGAUGUCAAUGAUGACGGAAAGGUACAAGAUGGAAGAGAUGGUGAAGAAGAAGAAGAAGAAUUGAAUUAUUUCAAUCCAUUCCUUGUUAAUUUAAUUUAUUAUCAAAAUCCAUUGAAGAAAAGAAGUCAAGAUACGAAUACGCGUUUAAAUUAUGAUAAUAGUAUGAUAGUUAAAAAAAUGCCUGAAACUGAAAAAUGGUCAACACCAGUUCAACCGGGCAAUUCCAAAGAUUUACGUAAAAUUCGUAAUCUCAGUAAUCAGUAUUCUCCUUCUGAAUAUAAAUCAUUGUCAAAGAAGAGUCAACAACAGGAGGACGAUGUAGGAGACGUAGUGGGGCAAGAAGAACUUGGAAUUGGUUAUCUACCUAUACAUUCUGUUUUUGAAUCAUCAAGUGAAGCCUUUCCAUCCAAUGAAAAUAAUUUCCGUUACUGGGUAUAUCAUCGACGAUCCAUAAAAAACAAUAACUAACAUUAUUAGUGAAGCGGUAUUACAAUCAAAAUUCAACACGCAAAUCUAUAAAUGUAAAUGUCUGCCCUUCUCAAAAUAACCAAUCACAAUUAAGGAUUCCAAAGAAAGUCAAUAAUAUAUACAAGACAGACAUGUUGGCUCGUCCAAUCAUAUUCAUUUGUCUCAAAUGACACAUAUAUAUAAAUACAUGCGUAUAACCGAAAUGCAACCUACUUUCUGAAUACUUCCGGACACCAUUUUGCAGUGAUUUUUGUCUCAUUUUUUCAAUGUCUUCGCUGUUUUGUUUGUCCAAUAUUCUCUAACUGUGUGUAUGCGUGUGUGAUUGUGUGUGUUUUAAUGUUGAUAUUCAAGGUCAAUUUCUGCAUUUUCACAUUCCAAAUGAUUUACUUUACCAAGGAUAAACAUUUUUCAAAGAUUUUGCUGUUUACCCUCUCUUACUUUCCUGUCUAUUCUUUGCAUUUCUGAGCAUUUAUCAAAUGUUCAUUAUUUUAUUUUAUUAUUUUUUGUUUGUUUUGAUAACUUGUUGUUAUUCCAAAAUUUUAAUCAGCUGAUCAAUGCAUGAAUUUCUCAUCAUUUUUAAAAAUCACAUUUAACGUUGUUUUCUCUUAUCAUUGAAGAUUUCGUGAAAAUCGCUGAAAAAUUAACUUGAGUAAAGAAAGGUGUUGCAUAGUUUGAAGUUGAU